AUUUAAAUCGAACGUUUCUUUCUUUAUCAAAUCCUGGUUUUUAAAAUGCUGUCACAAGUAAAUCUUUAGAAAAAAAUCCUAGUUUCUACAAACCUAAACAAAAUAGCUAUAUAUAAAUACAAUGUAAACUGUUUUAACUAUCUCUUCCUAGUAAUAUUACCUUUAAUCAGCGUAUCAACCUCUUAUUCUCGGUCUAUACUUUUGACCUCUGGUAAUAUCUCUUGGUAUAGAUAGACAAAACAGUUUAUACUGUAUUAGAAUUGUUUGCAGUUAUAUAAUGGAACUGAAUGUUAGUUAAAAGUUUUUAUAAUUUCUCAUGUUUCUUAUGUGUUUUCCUAGUUCUUUUACUUCUUAUUUUGUAGUAAUAAUUACAAUAGUCAGAAAGGUUAGAUUCAAAGUUUAUGUUAUCAGCAAGUGUUAGGAGCAUGCUUUUUUAUCUGGUAUUGGUAUUCUUUUGUCAACAUAUGUCACUGGCAUGUGAAUUCGAGUUGGAUAUUUUGUUUUAUGAUGCUGCCAAGAAAUCACUUUCUUCUUCUUCGGAAAUUAUUUGUUUACAGACCGUUUGUGAUGAAUAUUUCUUACAAAUUAGUUUAUUUUGUCCGAAUAAAUCCUAUGUUGGAAAACAGAUGGCUAUGUUGGGCUUUCAACCUCAUGUAAACGUUCAAAUUACUGCAGAGUUUGGUGUGAGCAUGCACAUUAUUGAAACUGCGCUUGUGGAAUCGAAGGAUUGUCUUUGCAAUGAUGACAAUAGUAUAUUGAGGGAACAUUUUAACGAUGUAAACACUGAUGAUUUUGGAAGUCAAACCAACCAAUGCAACACAGAGAAAUCAACAGCAACUAAUAAUACACAUUGUGUCAAUAAAUUAUGUGAUUUGCUAUGGUUGGCAAGACUGCAAGUAACAUCUGCUACAAAAUCUUUAAAAAUAUCUGUCAGUGAUAAUGGUCUUGGAAUCUCUGUGAGUGAGAAAGAUUUGGUUCACAGUGUUAACACGAUACCUGUUAUACCAGAUGUACAUCACUUGCAUGAAAACUUUACCCAUGGUGGUAGACAUAAAAAAAUUGUGAAAAGCGAUGUUGGGAAUUGGUAUUUACAUAUCCACAAUGGAUAUGUUUUGUUCACUCAAUCAGAGUUUGAAAGAUCAACACUUAAACAGUUUAAUAUGACACAUAUGUCCCUGUUGUCACCACUUCGAUGUAAUGAUGACUCGCCAGAAAUACUUGAUAUGUCGUAUUUCGAUGGUUGUCUGUUACUUGCUACCAAGUUUGGUGUCUUCAAGUAUGAUAAUUCAUCAGAUUCGAAGCUAGUUCUUUCAAAAUGUAUAAAGAAGUUGGUCGGAGUUGGUACUCUGAAGUAUGCGAAAGAAGUUGUAGUUUUAGGUGUUGAUGGCAAGUCUAUAUUUUGGAAAUCAUUAGACAUGACAGGAUCAUUUUCUGAAGUACAAAAUGCUGAUGGUCAUAAUCUGUAUAGUUGGUUGGCACCACAAUGGAAUGUGAUUAAUCUUGAUGGUUUUCAAAUUAUGGAUGUCACAAAAAGACUGACUGAUGAUUGUUUUCUUGUCUUGUUAAACGAUAAUCAAAGCAAUGUCUUAGUGGAAGUGAAAGUCAUAAACUCAUCUUGGCAUUAUCAAAUGGUGAAUGGUAACAUUGUGGCGAAUGUGUCACAUAUCACAACGACAAAAUCAAAUCGUAUCUUUUUUUGGGGGGAGCAGUUGUUUAUGAGUUUGAACAACGGAGAAAUAUUGAAUGAAAUUGUGUAUGACGAUACGAGCAUUGCUACAUUUUUAGUUGGCGAUAGAGAGGAUUUCUUUUUUGUAACUCACUCCAACAAGUUAUGGUAUGGGCUAUCAGAUGUAGAGAGAGUUAUACAACUUAAAUGUACUCCUAGUUUGAACCAUCUGGCCUAUUUUUUCACCUCAAAUGGCGUCCUGAAAGAGGUGAGAUAUACUUCUCGGUGGCAGCUCAUCGUUGCUAGUAGUAACGAAUCAUGUUUUAAAUCACAAACCAUUGAUAUAAAGUCACAACUUCACUCUGCGUUGUCAUCGCAGGUGGAGAACAAUUUAAGAACAAUAUGUACUUCUCCGUACCUGGAUAGUUGUUCUCCCCAAUUGGAUUACCUCGGUCAUCACUCCGCUUGUCCAUAUUUAUUUCUCUCGAUUACACCUGACAAAAAUGGUAAAUAUUCAAGAAUUAAGACGAUGCUUUCUCACUAUGUGAACAGAGUCCAACUUAGUAACAUAUACAGCUUAGAUGACGUGACAAACGAGCUCCGCACUGAUGUCAUAGAUGCUGAGCAGUUCAGUAUCUUCGAGCCUCCAGAACGUUUUCCAGAAGAAAUAUCACUCGGUUUAAACGAAUGUUAUGAAGUGAAUAUCUCUAUUGGUAUGGCAACUAAAACUCUGUUUUCGCAUCAUGAUGUUAUAAUGAAAUCUUCUUUCACGCCACUUCAUGAGCUAUCAGUUGGUGUUACGAAGAUGGUCGAUUACUUGGAUGGAGUGAUAAUAUUUCAAGUCACAUUAUGUGACACUGGUGUGAAACGAACACAAAACUUUCCCGGCGAUCACCAAACUGUAAGCCAUGCAUUAUUUCAAAUCAAUCCAUCUGAUUUAGAAUGUUUAUUGGUGCAUCGUGUCAAGACGAAUAUAAACAUAAAGGUUUUGCACGGAUGUGUGUCCGAUAAAACUGUUGUUUUGAAUUUAUCAGAAUCAAAGAAAGAACAGCGUCAUUUUUGUGAAGAAGAAAACUGUUUUUACUACGACAAACCAUUCAAACCUGUAUUUAUGCUCGUGGAUGAAAUAACUGGCGACAGCGUUGUGUUUCCUGGAAAGUAUAACCUCACAAUAGUAGGAGGUGGAAAUUCUAUCGAUGAAAUUACGUUGUUUUCUGAUCAAGAAAGAUACGACUUUAAUCAUAAACUUGGUGCAUCAUUGGUUUGGGCGUGGUCUUCUAGUGACAAUGCAUACCAAUGGCUUUGUGGUAACCUCAGCCCAUGUGGUGGAAUUACACCAGUUUUCCCUAGCACUCCUGAAUAUUAUUUUCAAUUGCAGUUUUCAAAUAGAGAUAUUGAUCAGUCGAAUUGCGAUUACACGUUUCAAUUCACCAUAAAAGUUCAUGGCAUGCCACCUGAUGGUCUGUACCCCUCCUUACUUAUUGUAUUGCUUAGUAUCGCUUUUAUGGGCUCGUUAAUCCUGCUUGUGUUCUUCUUGGAAACAAGAUUCCCCGACUUUUUUACAAAUUCAUAUCUCUACCUAACAACUUUCCGCACACUUUUAAUCAACUGUUUACGCCCUCGAAAUAAAAUUGACGCUAGUUUAUCCUCUAAGACACUGCACCAGAAAGUUUUGAAUUGGAUCCAAAGGAAUGGUGGCGAAGAUGCAUCUAUAGGUGACUUCACUAGUUCUUCAGACGAUAUGACAAGUCAUGAAACGGGAACAAGGACAUCGCGGAAUAUAGGAGGUUUGGAAAUAAACGAUGAUAGUUCAAUAUUAGUUGCCAACAAAGCAACUAGUAUGUCAAAUUACGAACACAAUAAAGAGAAUAAUGAUGCGGUGUAAACGAACACGAAAGUGUUGUAGUGACGGCAAUUACUGAACAAUCUGGAAUUAUCUGAUCCAAGCGAAGUAACGAAGUACAGUUUUUUUGUUUUUGUAACUGUUUGUUUUAUAAAUUUUAGAAAAGGAAUCUUUGCGAGGAGAAACUUUCCAGAAUCUUGGUGAAUGUUUGCGAAAGUUUUGCACGCAAAAUCCCUAUAAAGAUUAUUUUACCGAGGCUUGUUUGCAUUUUCCUUGCUCUGAAAAUAUGAGAAAUGUCGUGUGUCAUACAAGAAAAUUACUGCUCGCAAGAUGUUUUGCUUUCUAAAUAUGAUUUCCGUUUUUCCUUGUUUUAUAUCUUUCUAAGAAGCUAAAGUUGUUUACAAAA